AUGGCCACCUGGAGAGAGCGAGGCUAUGUGCCAGAUUCUGAUGACGAUGAAGAAGAGGAGGAAGCUGAGGCCGAUCCAGGGCUCAACCAUGACAACACCAAAAAUUUUGAGAUCGGUUCCACUGGCCAACCAUCUCACGCUAGACGGUUAAAUGAGACCACACACGACUUUCCCUCCGAUGUCGCCAUCGACACCACAAAGCAAUGCGACCAGCCUUCCGGCACACGAGGCGAGGACAGUGUUAGCAACAAUGUCGACAGAUUCUUUCCGCACCUUCAUCCACCGGAAAAUGUGACGGCCAAGACUGCUGAGCGAAAUCUAGCCCAUAAAUCGCUGUCGUCGUUGAAGUCCUCCAGUCCACCAGCUACAAAACUUGAGGUGGAACUCCACGAAGGCCUGCAGGUCGUACAGGGCAUGCUCCGGCCAUUGGGGAAUGAAAUUCAAGAUGACAUCGACAGUCCACUGUCCUCGCUUCCGUCGUCGCUGCAAAGUUCUCCUCGACAGGUUCCCUUGGCUAAAGGGAGGCCAAAUGUCGUUCCUGACAUCGAAAAUUUGGAAGAUUUGACGAGAAAUGGAACUUCCCGUGAUAUGUCCUCCCUGGCUACCGGCAGACGAUCUUUCAGACCUCGAGCUCCAAUUCAACUACAUCCCUAUGCACUCGAGGAUGCAAGAUACAGACAGAGCCUGAGGGAUAGAGGCGUACGACCCGUCCGUCUACCAGGUGAGUCUUCCGGACCACAGAAUCAUUCGGAGGAGGAUUCCCAGGGCGCCGAGACAUAUGAAGGCAGCCCAAUGGACAGUGACCACAUUCCGCCGUCGGGCCCAGUCCAGGAUGUUGGCGAUGAUGAGUCUCCAAGUCCAGUCCGUGGCGGCCGAACCCAUCCUCUGGCUCCUGACGUCCCUGUCGGCGGCGGGUUUCCCGAGUUGUCGAACAUUUUGAAGGACCCUCCGCCCAAGAGGUUGAGCGGUGCCACAAAACGCCUGAAGACAAAACACCAUCUUUCGACACACCGAGGGGGCGCGCGUGAUGAUGAAUUUCGCAUCUUCGAUCUUCCGGCAGACGAUGACGUCUCUACGAAUGACCCACGAAUGGAUAAUACAGUCUUCAGGAUUCCGCCAUCCCCACCUCGGUCUCGUGGUACUCUAUCAUCCCAAGACAGUGUGUUGGCCAGUAGCAACGAAGCAGGACCAGACAAUAGCCCACCUGCUCUCCUUCCAACUCCGUUGUUAUCAUCGGAGAACCAUGGUAGGAAACGUGUGUUGGUCGAAACUCUCAGCUCUUCUGAUUCAGAAAACAUUCUUAUCAGUGAUGACCCGACCGCUUCCUCAAGCCCAUCUGACAGUUCCGAAGAUGAUUCUCAAGGUGUCCAACGAAUGCGACGCAAAAUGAGGGGUGUCUUGCCAGCAUCCUGGCUGAAGCUUGAUAUUACGCAGCAGAAGAAUAGGCAGACUUAUCGCCACCAAGGUCGAUCACCGUUCAAAUCAGUGGUGGAGAAGGGUAUAGCUCAACGCAUCUCGACGUCCGUUACGAGAAGGAAUCGUGGUGAUACAUUCCACUUUCCACCGGAUGUUGAAAUGUUGUACGCUUCAUCAGAGAGCGAUUCUGACGAACCGGCCGUAGCCAGAAUGGACGGCCUCGAUCAUGAAGUCCCUGGAGAAUUUGAAGGUGAUGUUGUUGAGGACGAUGUUGUUGAUGCUGUGAUUGCCCCGAGAGCGAGGAAAGCUCCUAUUGAAAAGAGACAGCUCGGUCUAAAAGGUGCUUGGUCGAGAUCGGAGAGAGCGAAGCCGGGGAGAGGACGUGAUGUUGCCAGACAUUCUCAUCCUGCUGCAGGAGCCACAGGAUGGGCCUCAAAAUCGACGGAAAGGGGGCGACCGUACCAAACGGUUAAAAACAAGCACAAAAGACCACAGAUGACUGUUUUGGACGCUCCUGGCCUCAGAGACAAAGAUGUACCACGGUUUCUGAGGAUUGCAGCGAGACGACAGGAGGGAUUCAGCGAGAGGGUGACUCAAGACCCAUCAACGAAGUUCUUCAAACUGGCAACAACAGCGGACACUUUGGAUGUGAACGAAGAGUUGGGUCGAUGGACCGGCCGUCGCAGUAAGAACUAUCCUCCUGCCUUAUCGAGCUUGAAAUCCCCAAGGCGCCCUCCCUCAAUAACUCAGCUGCGCCGGGACGACGGCACAAGGCUGGGCAAUGCUGCUGGAAUCUUGCACCCAGAUUCCACUCAACUCACUUCCUUGAAAGAAAACACGAAAAUCACCCUUGACCGAAUUCGAAAAUGCCACGACCAAAUUCGACCCUUACCUCCAGAAUCUCAUUCGAAUCCUCAAAUUCCCUCAACAGCACUCCUUGACUAUUUCGAGCCUCAAUUGAUCCGUCGCAACCAACGCGGAUCCGGCCAACAUCGUGCCGGUCUUGAAGGCAGAACUGAAAUACCUGAAAGCACAGUCAUACCGUCUAACCCUCUCCCACUUUUGAGACGCAUACCAAAACCGGCACGAGGAACAAGAGAGCCCCGUAAUCUAUCACCGGGACCGAAAUCUUCCACAAGCUCUGCGCGGACUCCUCAUCACAGGAGAUCUCGCGUUCCAAGAAAGCAGCGCCCCAUGGCGUUCCACGAACAACAUGGCGACAUCCGCAGCGGGCAGACGGAAGGAAGUCUAGUGUCGGGCGAUCUUUUGGAUCUCACAGACAAUGAUGAAGACGAUAUCAUCUCUCAGGCAAUCAAACAUCCUCCCGGAAGAAAACAUCUCUCCAUCAAUCCCUCGAUUCUGACAUCGACCCUCAUAAGAGACGGACUCCUUCAAACGACUCUGUCGUCAAUGGAAAACUUGUCUCGUCUUGUCAUACCUAAUAAUAACUACACUUCAAUUACAGCACCGAAAUCUGAUCAGUCAUGGUCUUGCACUGGUUGGUCCGCAGAAGCUGGAACGAUAAUACAGAAGACAUUUGCGGAGAUCCGUUCCGUCGUUAGCAAGGAAGCCGGGCAAGCUCUCCUAUUGACAAAAUGUGGAGAGUCGGUCGAGUCCAUCGUCAGAUAUGUCAACCAGAGUCUAUUCUUCAAUGACCUUUCUGAGCUUGAUGGAUUCACCAUAUCAAUUCUCGACCAAAUCGACCAGCUUGUCCAAGUGAUCAACUUAUCCGAAUGCGCAAAAGCCGAUUCUCACGCAUCUGGAAUCCUGAGCAUCUUGAGUCGUGUUAUGGUUCUCGGAUUUCAAAUUGCCAAGAUCACCACAAUGACAGGAGUGGGAGAUACAUCUCGUAUGACGAGCUUGGUGAGCCGCAAGACGGUGACUACUUUGGCGUGGUCACUAGCUUUGCGAAAGGAACAAAUCGGCGGGCUCUUUUCUUACAUUGCUGGUCUAUCAGGAAGUGAGUCUGUCUCGGACGCAUCAGACUUCAGAACCUCCCUUGCACAGAUAGAGGCCAUCAUCCUGGUCUAUCGUCUGGGCGCUGGCCAGUCAUGGGUUGACCAUCUGAACCAUUUCCUGUCCGUCCAUGUGAACAAUAAGUCUGUCGGAUCGUUUCCAGCAGAAACACUUGCAUACACCAUUCUCAUACUGGCCUGCAUCUAUUCAGUGGUGGGUGCAGAUGACCUCGUGGCAAACCCUGAGGAAGGUUCCGAGUCCUUGAAUUCGUCUGGCUUCGUCGUCCUCCCAGCGGCAAUGACUGAGUUCCUGAAGUUCUUCGUGAAGGAAAAGAAAAGCAAGAUACCACAGAGAAAGAGAGACCGUCGAAUGGACAAGUUGCGGCAAUUUGGCCUGGUCGCAUCCCAAUGGUGUCUUUUGCUUGCACGUUGUGCUAAAGGGGACGUCGUCGACCAUCUACUCAAACAAAUGUUCAAACAUUAUUCAGACAAGACAAACAAUAUGCUGGACUUCUUUUCAAGGACUUCAAUUGAGGUGCCAGCGUUUCUUGAUCGCCAGGCUCCCGCAUCGGAGCUCGUUCCGGAACCUGCUGAUACCGAUUUCCACCUCUUCCUAAAGAUGACAGCCUUCACACUGGAAAUCCCACCUGACACCGACUUUGAAGACACGGAAAAAUUGAAAAGGCUUGGACUACGCAAAUUGUCUCUGGUGUUCAGUUUGUUGCCAAACAGUGGCCGUGACGCCGGAACGGACAGACCACUUCUUGUCGAAGAACAUGAACCAUUGAUGGUACAAGACCUUGCGGCGAUGGCAAACCGCUACAUCUUAUUCUCCACUCUGUACAACUAUUCUCCCGUCGGCUUCAAACCGGAUCUUUCCACGGUCAAAAAUCUCAUCGAGUUUGGAAAGGCUCAUGAUGCAGUCUGUACACUUGCUCUUCGCUGCUGGGCGAGCAUGGUCAAAUCCGUCAUCCAACAGCCAAUAUACCAGAACGAGCUUCACGAGCUGGCUCAGUGGAUUCAAGAGAUGUUUUUCCAAAUAAGCGACAAGUUGGCGCAAAUCCCUCCAGAUGAUGGUAUAUCACAUCAAGAAGACGGGAGAUGGGUUGAGUUUGAGGCACAUCGUCAAAACCGAGAAACCGCCAAUGCACGACUCAGCAAGAUUGCGCAGACAUACGCUGAAGCCAUCGAGCUCUGCCUCAAUGAAGAUCAGGCCCGAAGCCUCUUGAAAGGAAAUCGCCUCCACAAUCUGAUACAUCUCUGCAGCGCAGGAACUCACCUCGAUGACCAAACCAUCAAUCGCAUCUUUGAAGUUCUUACCGGUUACCUCAAGAAAGCCUCCUAUACGGUCAACGAACUGACCACGGAAAUGAGACCAAAUAUUCGGGGAGCUAUUGUCAGCCAGCUCGACCGUUCCCUGCCCCCACUCGAUGACGCUGUAUUGGUUUCAAUCGUCGAGACAUGGUUUGCCAUGGCAAAGACCAUGACAGAAGGAGUUGAGAGCUGGGAUGUUUACCUUUCCACCUGGGGCUCCCAUUCCUUCAGCCAAAUGGCCGUCACAAACACAUCGAGACAAUGCCACAUCUUGAUGAUGAGCAAGGUCGCAGCUGACCGGGUGCACGUCGAGAAAGACCCCUAUUUCUUCCUUAGCGAAUGGUUGUCGUCGAUCCUCCUUCCAGAGACAGACCUCAAGUUUGAGCACUGCUUGACAAAUCAGCUGGUGGAAACUGUUCCGGGCAUCCUCGCCUUGGGUUCUCUGCGCGAAACGAUUGCCAGUGACUCUUCCAGAUUCUUGUCCGGCCGGGAGGACCUCAUCGAGCAUCGCUUGACGAUCAUUCGCCAUGUUAUCCGCAGCAUUUACCAUUUACAGCAUACUGACGACGCCACUGCGAGCUAUCUCACCAAAGAGAAUGGCGAGCAACUGCUAAGAGUCAUCUGUGAAACAAUAAAGGAAACAUGGCGAAAGCUUUCUGGAGACGCCAGAGCUGCAUUCGCAGUGUUUAUUCGCAGGGUCAAGUUCGAAUUGAGCGAGUACACGUUUCCCCACUACCAAAUCGACCCGUGGUUCAAUGAUCCAUUGUGGACGAAUUUCGACGACCAGAUUCUCCGUGUCGAAAGCUUAUUCAUCCGCCAACCAAACGAUGCCGAGCCUAUUGAGAACGAGCAUAGAGUUGAGGUCUUCCGUCUCGCCUGUGAAGUGGCAUGCAUCCGUGGCGAACAAGAGAAAUUCAUCGAGCAUGUGGCCAUGACAUUCGCCGCAGACAACCAUAACUACAUCGACGACAAUGGCGUCUUCCUACUCGACAUCCCAGAGCAACUCUUCUUCAUCAAGGCGGUCUUCCCCGCCUACAUCGAGCGGGCAUUCCAAGACACAACACCGACCAUGCUCCUGGCAUCUCCGGUGGUCUCCACCGCUAAGGGGAUAUUGAUGAGACUCGAGACACGUAUCGACCUGGAAGAUCAGAGCCGAAUGGAGGAGUUCGCCGAAGUAAUUGCGGCUUUAAUGUUCGCCGCGGUGGAGGCCAUGCAGGGAACACGUUGCAACUUCACAGACUCGUUUGGCUGGGAGCUCCAAACGCUCGACAACCUCGUCUGUCUUUGCGCGGCCGCGUGCAGUCGGUGGGCGCUUCUUCAUCAGCUCUUCCCGGAGUCAGAGCCCAUUUCUGCCCUACAAGGAUACAUCCAAAUGUAUGCCCAAUAUGCAUACGAAUACGCCUCCUCAGCCCUCAAUCGACCGUGCUUUGUCACCGACCCCGAAUUCUGGGCGAGGUUCCCAGACAGCGAAACCAGGUCAGCCAAGGAUUUUGGUUUCGUUCUGUCGGGGCCGGAGCUCUCUGAUGUCGGUGCCGUCGCCGGUCUCAGGGAGUUCGCGGCAGACGACCUCGAAUACACGGGAAGGAUGGAUUGGGUGCGUACCGGUCUGUCCCAGAACGGGCCGGUAUGGCACUCCAAUCGGCAUAAGGGGAAGGUGGUCGUGCCCAGAUGGCCAUCCAACGAGGAUGGCAAACUGGGGGCAGGUCUCGCGUUGGGAGAGUUGAUCCAAGGGAUCAAAGAGUUGGGCCUGGAGUAA